AUGUCGUCUCCACCUCCGAUCGAUCCUUAUCUCGCUCUAGGCAUUUCUAAAGAUGCAGAUCUCAGUACAAUCCGUAGUGCUCAUCGAAAGUUGGUUCUCAAAUUCCACCCCGAUCGGAUAAAGGACGAAGCAGAACGUGUCAAGGGAAGAGAGGAGUUUCAGAAGGUUCAACAAGCAUAUGAACUCCUUAGUGACCCAGCCAAACGAUCCCGCUACGAUGACAAGGUCAGGUUGGCCGAAUUGCGGAAGGAGGCUCUCGGACGAGAACUUCCGGUCAGGUCGUCGACAUAUCCUACACGGCCCUCUCAGUUUAGUGCUGGAGGCGAGUACAGAGGUGGAGAUUAUUAUGAGGAGAGAGUGCCUAGAGGUGCGGCCUUCUUUGACGAAGAAGACAGAUUCCGAGAAGAGCCAUCCCGUGCCUCAGCAAGAAAGGCAGAAAACUAUGAGAGAAAGCCUUCAGGUGGAUAUGUAGAGAGGAAGAGCACAGGCUGGAAAGCUGGCGGUAUUCCGAUUGAAAUUGCUCUGAAAUUGCAGAAGCAAGCUGCGCUUGCUAAGGAAAAGAUCAAGGAAAAGGAUGUUCGAGCUGCGACUGCGAAAAGCAGAGACCAAGAACGAAAGCGAGACGCGUCUGAUAAGCACAAUAGUCGAAGAGCGUAUGUGGAGGACGACUCGAAUAGCGACACUGACACCGAAACGUAUGUCAGCGUGAAUCGCAAGGCAGCAAAAGCCAGAUCAGCGUCUUCUACGCCAAGAAGAUCUCGACCAGAACACCCUCGAAGGAAGGAAUCUAAGUAUAGUGACGAUGACGACGAUGACGACUGGAGCAGGGACAAGCACCAAGCUUGGCACGCCUCUGCUCGUGAUUACAUUCAAAAAGCUGCACCAGAUCGACCUCGGCAGACGCACCGACAGGAUUCUUCUCAUUCCUACUUCGAGCCAAGAGAUGAUAGACCUUACGCUCGUCGAAGUGGAAGUGAUAGGGAAGACAGACGCAACGAAAGGGAUCGACCGAAAGUGUCUAGUUCAACAAGACCCUCUUAUCCCGAAGUAGAGGUUCCUAGAGAUGUGAGGUCAAGAAAGAUGCCGGCCAUGCCAACGGCAACAUCUGCACCGGCAAACAUCAAGAUCCCUGAAGACCGUAGAGACGUACCCCAACCUCAUCGCUCAACCACUACGCAAGCAGUCCGUGAUCAUCGUAACGCAGUCCCAACAAUGCCUCGGUCUCAAACCAUGCCAUCUGGGGCUUCAGCCCGUCGAAGCGAUAAUGCACCAUCCCGUGGUUCAAACCUGAAGCACGAAACACACGACUCAGGAUACGGAAGCUCAAGUCCGGCAACCCCUGACACGAUUGGAACCAGUCCUCCCAAAUAUGCAUCUGCGAUAAGAUAUCAGAUUGUAGACGAAGCAGAAGAGUUCUCUACCCGCGGGCAUCGCACUAUCCGUGUGGACCCUGAGGAAUCACGUCGUCGGGCCAAAAGCCCUCCGGUGGAGCCGCAACGGCCUACGCUCUCCAUGUCUGGCAAACGACCAUCUCGAGCCGCAACAGCCUAUACUCCUCACUCGCCGGUGGAUGUCCCUCCAGCCCGUCCUUCGCCGUCUCGUCACGAAUCUAGCCGAAUGUCGGCACAGCCCCGCGAACCUCCACGUCUUGCCAGGGGUGUAAGCAGUCAGCGUGGCGUGCAGAACCUCUAUCGAGAGAUCUCACCCAACGGCCAGGAAAGCAGCUACAAGCCAAGAGUUUCUAGCGAAAAAGUCGCCUCAGCACGAACUAGAACGCAAGAUGGCACUCACAGCCCUCUUUACAGUAGGGCACCUCGUGAUGCAGGUCGCGAUGACGAUCACUAUCCUGGUUCAAGUUACAGGUCUGAGCUACGCAAUCCAGGGAUGGGUACCAGAAGACCAUCCGUGUAUUGA